AUGAACCAAGAUAAGAUGACAGAAGAAAAAGAGAAAAAAAAAACUAAAAGAUUUGAUAAACGUAAUCAACCUAUUCUUAAAGGAGUGUCAGCAAAAGCUGUCACAUUUAGAGAUUAGAUUGAAGGCAUUCCAAUAUAAGAUGUUUAUAUAGUUGAACGAAUAUAAUACUAAGAAUAGAAGAAUAAAUGUUCUUGUUCCUGUGCUAUUCAAUGA